AUGGCCUUUUUCGCCAGAUCCACUUUGGAUCCGACAUGUCUGCCUCCUAACCUAGAUUCCGACCAAUUCAGCGGUGAUGGCUGGAAUCUGGUACGGUGGUCACUGAUAGCUGGAAGAUUACCGGGAAGAACUGAUAAUGAAGUGAAGAAUUAUUGGAACACUCAUCUGAAAAGGAAACUAAUGCAAAUGGGAAUUGAUCCCAAAACUCAUCGUAUAAGACACACUACUGGUCCUGCCAUAUCCUUGCUUUCAGAUAACCAAAAAUGUAACUCUGCAACCGAAGAAGAUAACAAUCCAGUCUUGGAUUCUAUGAGUGGUCCUGAGAGUUAUGCAGUUAGCGGUUUGCCUGAUCUUAAUUUGUAA